ACGGGCUCAUAAGAGUUGGAGAACUGCCCGGCGUAGUCUGACACACAAGCCUUUGCGCAAGGCAUACAUGUGAACUCGGCACUCUUUCAGGUGAUCUCGCUCUUCAGGGGGUGCUGGAACCAUGGCCGACAUAGAGGCUGUCCACUCCCUCCGAGGCAACGAUGCCGCAUGCUGGCAGGAAGCUGUUCAGUUAUAUAACGUAAAGCAGAAGAAGGGCUCCUCUAGCAGGAAGUAUAUCCAUCUCAGCACCACGGACAAUAGUGAACAUGGCACAAAGGACCACGCUCAGGAGCACGCUCGUGAACUUAUGGUCACCGCCAUACGUUCUUAUCAGAUGCUCAAGAAGAAGCGUGGCCCAUUUGCCGUCACUCUAAUCCGGAUAUGCAACAACUUACGCCAGUAUUCCCAUGCUGUCAACGUGCUUGUCCAGUGUGACCCUACCAUUGCAGCUCUGGUUUGGGGAUCUGUGCGCCUUCUACUACAGAUGGGAGAGGAAGAAGAGCGGUCUUCUCGAAUAGCCGGCGAAGGUAUACUAGAGAUCAUUCGCCAUGCAGGCCGUUGGGAACAAGUAUCAGCCAUCUCGGAUCUCUUAAACUCGGCUCGUCUUCGAAAGGCACUCGUGGCCCUGUACGUGACAGUCCUCGAUUUUUUGCUGUCGUCUACAGAGUGGCUGAGUCGAGGCGCCCUUGGUAGGAAGCUUCAUUCAUAGCGGUGGUGGAUGGUUCAAGAACUUCAGCUAAACUGUAUUCGGCUACAGAACGACUAGGGAUUUCUAUCCUCAAUUCGAAAGGGGGCAAAUUCGAAGGGAAACUGAGGGAGAUGAGAAAUGCAUCAGAGCUCAUAGACAAAGA